AUGUACGGUGCGAGGCCCGUCCCGCCCCAGUCGGGGUCGGGGUGGUCGGUCCUGCGCCACUUCGACGCCUUCCCCAAGCAGCGGGAGGAGGCCAAGGAAUUCUUCCAGUCCACUAUGGCUGGAGGAGUGAUCACGCUGGUGGCUGCUGCGCUCAUGACCCUGCUCUUCGUGUCUGAGCUGGGCAUCUUCAUGCACACCGAUACCGUAACGGAGCUGCUGGUGGACACCAGUCGGGGGGAGAAGAUGGACAUCCAUUUUGACAUCACGCUGCCCCACAUGCCCUGUUCCUGGGUCAGCGUGGAUGCGAUGGACGUCAGCGGCGAGCUCCAGCUGGACGUGGACCACACCGUGUUUCGCCGGCGCCUGUCCCCCGAGGGCCUGGCCAUCGGUGAGGACUCGGAGCACCACGUGGGCCCCACCGGGCAGCCGCUGCCUGCAGCGCUGGGCGGCUCCAACGCGACGGCGGCCUGCGGCAGCUGCUACGGCGCCGAGUUCGAGGCGGGCAAGUGCUGCAACACCUGCGAGGAGGUGCGGGAGGCGUACCGCCGCCGCGGCUGGGCGGUGCGCGACACGGCCACCGUGAUCCAGUGCGCGGAGGACCACUACUUGGAGGAGAUCAAGGCCAGUCGGGGGGAGGGCUGCCGCAUCUACGGCGCCCUGUCCAUCAACAAGGUGGCGGGCAACCUGCACCUGGCGCCGGGGAAGUCGUACCAGGCGGGGCACAUGCAUGUGCACGACACCAGCCCCUUUGUGGGCGAGGUCUUUGACUUUUCGCACACCAUUGACAACCUGGCCUUUGGACAGGAGUAUCCGGGCAUGCACAACCCGCUGGACGGGGUGGACGUGCACGCUGUGCGCGACUCGCAUGACCGCCCCGUGCUGGGCCAGCACCAGUAUUUCCUGAAGGUGGUGCCCACCGAGUACCACGCCACGCGCGGCGCGGUCAUCGAGACCAACCAGUUCUCGGUCACGGAGCAUUUCAAGCCCUCUGGGGGAAUGGGCCAGGAGCUGACGGGCAUCUUCUUCUUCUACGACCUCUCGCCCAUCAAGGCAGGGCCGCGGGAAGGGGGGGUGACGUUCAUCGAGCGGAGAUCGUCCUUCCUCGCCUUCCUGACCAGCACGUGCGCCAUCGUCGGCGGCGUAUUCACCAUCAGCGGCAUCGUCGACGCCACCGUGUACCACGGCCAGAAGAUGCUGCGCAAGAAGCUGGAGAUGGGCAAGCAGUUUUAG